AUGGAUUUGAGGAAACACCUCUCCUCCCUUUUCCUCCUAGUGUACCUAAAAUGUUUCAUAUGCCAUAUUUGCUUUAAUCCCAGGGUGGAAAAUACCAACGGGAGCUGCUACUUGCCUAGCACAUUUAAAAAGAGGCAGUACAAGCAAAUGUCUAGUAAAACCUUUCGAAAGGGAAAAGAUACAAAAUUUCAACUAAGUCUGAUUUUUAGAAAGCAAAAAGAUCAGUCCAUGAUUAGGAGCAUCCCUAGCCAUGUGCGAAAGAGAAAGAAGAAGAAAAAAAAAAAGAAAAAAAAAACAGACGAUGAUGGCGAUGCUGAUGCAAAGGGCCAAAAGGGAAAAAAAAAAAAAGUAAACAAAAAGUUAAUGAGAAGGAGGCUGCUCAAGUUUUACAAGUUGAAGAGGAAAAACGAGGGCACCGAGGAGGAUGUUUUUUCCUACAAGGACAAGUACUCUGUUUUCGACUAUGUUGAGGAUAAGAUCAGCGGGCGGGGAAGCGGUGGCACCGAUGGAAGCGACGACAGCCAUGACAGUAACGACAACGAUGACAGCAACGACAACGAUGACAGCAACGACAACGACAACGAUGACAGCAACGACAACGAUGACAGCAACGACAACGAUGACAGCAACGACAGCGGUGUUAGCCAAGGGGGUGACGACAACCAGGACGAUCUCCCCUCCACAGCACCCCUCGAGAAGCACGAAAAAGAAGAACAUGAAGGAGAAGCGGAACUACACACCUACAUGGAUGAUAUUCAAGGGGAGGACUCACUCGAACAGGCUGAUCCGGCUGACGGGCACGAUAGGGCAGAUGCACAAGAUUCCCAACAGGACCAAUCGGGCGAACAAGCAAACGCCACCACGGACGGAAAAAAAAAAAAAAAAAAAAAAUUGAAAAAGCUAAAAAAGAACAUGCACAUAGGGAAAUACAACAGAAAAAUUUUUACCUACAAAAAAAAAGUAUCCGUAGAUGACGUACACGAAUAUGUCGAAAACAAACAUCUGGGGGAAAAAUACAUCCUCGAGAAAGACACCCUAAAAAAUGUUUUCGUGAAUAAGCCUCUGUUCAAUUUUUACAAUUUUUACAACUUCUUUCAAAUAGACCACGUCGAAAAGUACAAUAAGGAAAAAGUCUUAAACUUAAUUUACUACUACAUUUAUAAAUACAAAAACAAAAACAAAGUACAAAGCCAAACAGAAUAUGAGCGUAUGAAGACAGAGGAUGUGGUAGAGACAUACGAGAGAAUUGCAGACGAUAAGAAAAAAAUGAAACACUAUCUGGACUUCUACAUAGACAUGAAUAACAACAGGUAUUUAUACAUGAAUAUCGACAAGAAUUACGCCUUGAAGAAAAAAGAGACGGAUGCCUUCACCGUGAGCAACAUUAACAAGGUCGAUUCGAUGCACAUACACAAUUACAAGGUGGUCUGGACCAUUCGGAACGUGCAGGAGAAACUGUUUUGGAGAUUCCGUGAAAUGGGAAACAUUCCCCUGACAACCUCCGCCUUUUCCUUCGCGGGAAAGAAGUCGUUCAAGUUGAAGCUCUGGCUGGAUGGUCACAAGUCCGCCAAGAAGGGCUACGUGAGCGUCGGCCUGAAGCAACUAGAAAACUACGGGCUGCUGGAGGAGUACAUUUGCUUCUCCCUUGGCGGAGUCACGAGGGGUCCAUUCCAAUACAUGUCAAGAGAAUACUACCAGGGCUGCUACAACUUUUGUAAGUUUGAUGAGCUGGACGUAAAAGACGACGAAUUGCAGUUAAGUUUAUUUGUAUACGAUGGGAUUGUCUAG